GACAAUUUAAUAUACACAUUGAUGCAUACGUUCGACGAGUCAUUUGUUCCUUGUCACACGAAGAGAGAGCACCUCACUUGAGAAAAAAAAAAUUAAUGGCGACUUUGCAAAGCAAUAUUUCCCAGGCUAUUUCAGAGCAGCAUGACUUUGUUGGAAAGAUCAUCAGUGAUCGUAGAAAGACUAAGAAACCUUUGAUGGAAAAACUUAGAAGAGAUAGAAUCAACACAAGCUUGAAUGAAAUGAAGAUUUUGGUUCUGGAGUCUUUAAACAAGGACGUCUCACGAUAUUCUAAAAUGGAAAAAGCUGACAUCUUAGAAAUGACUGUUAAGUUUUUGAGGGACAUGAAUUCACAAGGGAGAGUGAAACGAGCUCCAAUGACUUGGGCUGAAUACCAAGCCGGAUACAACCAAUGUUCCCUUGAAUUAAUGAGAAACAUGUCAGCAACCACGACCGCCACUCCGAUUCAGCCAAACGACUUACAAAUGCAUGGCAAAAUAUUCACUCAUGUUCCCAUUGGCUACCAUGGUAACACUCACGUCAGUUCUCAUCCUCCUACUUUUAUCCUCCCAAACUCAACAGCGCCUCUCUCGCCGUCUCCUGUUAGCUUGACAACAGGAAAGAUUCCAGCGGUGGUAUGGGUUCCUAUUCCAUCGCCACCACCAUCGCCUUCGAACAAAACAACGCUAGGAACGCAACCAACUGUGUUUCAUAAAACUGAACACAAGCAAUCUUUGGUUCAGGAAUCCCAAAGUAUUAAGACAAAGACAUCGUCAAAGACGCCUUCACUUUCUACACCAACAAUGUGGAGACCUUGGUGAAGCCUUGAUUACAUAGAUAGGUCAACUAGUUUGAAUUUUAGACAUUUUUUAUUAGAGCUGGCUAAGGAAUCCUGAAAAUAUUGCAGCUUUUUCUCGCACUCUUGCAUGUUUCUAAAUAUAUAAUUGUUUAUUGCGACAUUCCAUAGCCAGCACGAGAUCGAGAGAGAUAAACCACACCCUGAUAAUGCACCAAUUACUCAUGUUUAUUUGAUAGUUCUUGUUUUUGAUUAUGCCGUACUUCAAGUCAUGGAUUGAAAAUCCUUACAAUUUUGUCAACUUGUGGAUGCCAAGCGUCUGCUCCUUUUGUAUUUUUGUAGUAAGGCUAGAUAGCUUAAGACACCAAUGGUAUCAAUCCAUCGGUGUUUUAAAUAGAUUUUGAAUUAGAUAUCAAAAAUUGUACAUAAUUAAAGGCAAGGCGCGCAAGUUUACUAUAAUAGUCAGAACAUGUUCAAAUUAGAAACAAAGUGACAAUCGCCAAACAGUCGUUUUAUACAACAGAAUAAAAAAAUACUACAUUUGUAAAAGAUGGAGAUGAAUUUUUGUAAAUAAAUAUUAAAUCUCUUAUAAGAAU